CGGGGAGCCGGCGGUUUAUCUUCGGCGGCCGCUAGGCUGGCGGCGUUGCGGGUCCUGGGUGUCCGGCGAGCUUCCCGGAGCAGAUCUUGCCGCCGGCCACACUGCGACGGCUUCCCGGCUCCGACCUCUUUGCCGAGGUCGCGGCAGCCGGGCUCGGGCCUCAGACAACACAAUGGUGGGUGAAGAGAAGAUGUCUCUAAGAAACAGGAGGUCAAAAUCCAGUGAAAAUACUGAGGAAGAUGAAGACCAGAGAAACCCUACGAAGGAAUCCCCAGAGACACCUAGUAAUGGUCAAAUUGACAUAAAAUUCUUGAUAGCAAAGAAGAUACAGUUGAUAGCAGAGGCAGAGGAAUUGAAGCCAUUUUUUAUGAAGGAAGUUGGCAGUCACUUUGAUGAUUUUGUGACCAAUCUCAUUGAAAAGUCAGCAUCAUUAGACACUGGUGGGUGUGCUCUCACAACCUUUUCUGUUCUUGAAGGAGAGAAAAACAACCACAGAGCUAAAGAUCUGAGAGCACCUCCAGAACAAGGAAAGAUUUUUACUGCAAGGCGAUCUCUCUUAGAUGAGCUGUUUGAAGUGGACCACAUCAGAACAAUCUAUCACAUGUUUAUUGCCCUGCUCAUUCUCUUUAUCCUCAGCACAAUCGUAGUAGAUUACAUUGAUGAAGGAAGGCUGGUGCUUGAGUUCGGUCUCCUAUCGUAUGCUUUUGGCAAAUUGCCUACUGUUGUUUGGACCUGGUGGAUCAUGUUCCUAUCUACACUUUCAGUUCCCUAUUUCCUGUUUCAACAUUGGGCCAGUGGCUACAGAAAGAGUUCUCAUCCACUGAUCCAUUCUCUCUUCCAUGGCUUUCUUUUCAUAGUAUUCCAGAUUGGAGUUCUAGGUUUUGGACCAACAUAUAUUGUAUUAGCAUAUACACUGCCACCAGCUUCCCGGUUAAUUGUUAUACUCGAACAGGUUCGUUUUGUAAUGAAGGCCCAUUCAUUUGUCAGAGAAAAUGUUCCUCGGGUACUACACUCAGCUAAGGAGAAAUCAAGCACUGUUCCAAUACCCACAGUCAACCAAUACUUGUACUUCUUGUUUGCUCCUACCCUUAUCUAUCGUGACAGCUAUCCCAGGACUCCUACUGUAAGAUGGGGUUAUGUUGCUAUGCAAUUUGCACAGGUUUUUGGUUGCGUUUGUUAUGUGUACUACAUCUUUGAAAGGCUCUGUGCUCCCUUGUUUCGGAAUAUCAAACAAGAGCCCUUCAGCGCUCGUGUUCUGGUCCUAUGUGUAUUUAACUCCAUCUUGCCAGGUGUGCUGAUUCUGUUCCUUACCUUUUUUGCCUUUUUGCACUGCUGGCUCAAUGCCUUUGCUGAGAUGUUACGCUUUGGUGACCGAAUGUUUUAUAAGGAUUGGUGGAACUCCACGUCCUACUCUAACUAUUACAGGACCUGGAAUGUGGUGGUCCAUGACUGGCUAUAUUACUAUGCAUACAAGGACUUUCUUUGGUUUUUCUCUAAGAGGUUCAAAUCUGCUGCCAUGUUAGCUGUCUUUGCUGUGUCUGCUAUAGUGCACGAAUAUGCCUUGGCUGUUAGCUUGAACUUUUUCUAUCCAGUGCUCUUCGUGCUCUUCAUGUUCUUUGGAAUGGCUUUUAACUUCAUUGUCAAUGAUAGCCGGAAAAGGCCAAUUUGGAAUGUUCUGAUGUGGGCUUCACUCUUCUUGGGUCAUGGACUUGUUCUGUGCUUUUAUUCUCAAGAAUGGUAUGCACGUCAGCACUGUCCUCUGAAAAAUCCCACAUUUCUGGAUUAUGUCCAUCCACGUUCCUGGACUUGUCAUUAUGUGUUUUAGAAGCUUGGACUUUUUCUUCUUUGUCACUGAAGAUUGGGGCCAGCUGUUUCCAGUUCUUGCUGAAGUUAUCUGUGUUAUUUGGACUACUCCAGGAUUUACAGAUGGCUCACUCUACUCCUAGCUCACCUGAAGCUGAGCUUUUGGAAGUUCACUGGAAUCGUGUAUACUCAAGAAGAACUUUUUUAUCCUUUUUGGGAGAAGGGAGACUUAUAGCUGAGGUACUGACAGAUUUUUGCUAGGCCAUAUUAGCUUAAGCCUCAGUAAUUUUAUCUGUUUUGUUUCUUGACUCCAUCCAAUCAGAGACUAAACAUAUUUGCUUGGCCACUGAAUUAGCCAAAACACUUACAAAGAAAUAAGUACAUCUGGCUUAUAAUGUUUUUCAUGCACACCGUUGGAAUGUAUGCUAAUUAAACAUGCAAUUGGGAAAGAAAAUAAAAUAAUGUGGAAUGAUUUUUGCUAUUUCUAGUAGAAAGAGAGAAAAUAUCUAUUUUCCAAAGAAUCUUGUUAUACCUCCUUUUUAAAAAAAUUAGUUCUACUCAAUUUUUACCUUGUUUUCUCUGUAUAAUAUGUGUCAUGAUUUCUACGAAGCAAAAAGAUGCCUUUCACCUUGAAUUCUUGAGUUUGCAUCAAUAAUAUCUAUUGCAGGGAUCAGAAGUAAGAAGGGGAAAAGAAAGAAAUAGCACAGGAAACAAAAAUGUUUCCUCUUAUCACUUCCAAAACAAUUUUUAUAUAUUUUUUUAUUAUUAUUAUUAUUUUUCCCUUGGCAGCUGGCUGGUAUUGGGAUCCAAACCCCUGACCUUGGUGUUACCAGCACUACUCUCUAAUCAAGUGAGCUAUCUGGCCAGCCCCAGAGUAAUUUUUCAAAAAGAUUUGCCAAGUCAAUCGUGUGCUUAAAUUAUUUUGUUUAUCAUUGAACUUAUAUGGAAGAUAAUUUUUUUUAACUUUAGGAUAAUAACUUCUUUAAAUCAAUUUACAAGUAUUCUUUGGUACAGUUGUUUUAUUGCCUAAUAUUGAAUUAUCUUGAAUUAUUUUGCAGACUAGUGAGUCUCUAACAUAAGUAUUAAUCACCUCCAUUAAUAUUAAAGUGAUCAUUAAGGCUCCAGAAGCUGGCUUUUGCAUUUGUUCAACUAUUACACUUUUAAUGGUAGUAUAUUUUUGGGUGAAACAAAUUAAUACGUGAUUGUUUUCAAAUUCUUUAUUAUGUGAUAUUUCCAGGUUUUAAGAUGCCUGGCCCUAAUAUAAUGUGGUGUGUAAGAAUUACUUUGUUUGUAUAUAUCAUGUAUGAUUGUGUUUGUAAAGAUUGAACAUUGGAAGGGUCAUCAGAGACCAUGUAGUUCAAAAGUCUGUUUAAGUCUCACAAGAAGAUAAUAAAAUUUCUUAAUAGUCACAACUUAA